GGGUGCGCCCCGCCCAUCUCUCGAUCCAUAUCGCGUUUCGCGAGUGAUUUCUGCCGCUGUUGCCGUGUGGCCUCUCACGGGCAAAUCCACCGUUUUUCUCGUCCGGCUGCCUACGCGCACCGAUCGAGCUGCAGGCAGGUGCAGACAGGCUGAAGGCUGGCACAUGCGUAUUCAGCUCACCCAGUUAUUAUUCCCUUCCCCUACACUGUGCUAGUACCAGUGUGUUGCUAGCUCCACGCAUGUUUCCCGAGGCUACCAGCAGCCACGCACAUGUCCAAACCCAGCCGAAACUAGCGAUAAAAGCCACGCACGCAUGGUUUUGAACCUCUGACACCAUCAUCGUCGCCGCUGCUCCUGGCUACGUCGUUGACGACGACGAUGGAGUGGGAGGAGGAGAGCGAGGCGGCGCGUCAGAAGGCGGCGGCGGCGUCGGCGUCGGUGGUGCCCGCGCCGUUCCUGACCAAGACGUACCAGCUCGUCGACGACCCCGCGACCGACCACGUCGUGUCGUGGGAGGACGACGACGGCGGCGAGUCCGCCUCCAGCUUCGUCGUGUGGCGGCCACCGGAGUUCGCCAGGGACAUCCUCCCCAACUACUUCAAGCACAGCAACUUCUCCUCCUUCGUCCGCCAGCUCAACACAUAUGGGUUUAGGAAGGUCGUGCCGGAGAGGUGGGAGUUCGCCAACGAGUUCUUCAGGAAGGGCGAGAAGCAGCUGCUGUGCGAGAUCCACCGGCGUAAGUCCGCGGCGGCAACGUGGCCACCGUUCCCGCCGCCGCCGCCGCCUUUCUUUGCCCCGCGCCAUUUCGCGGCCGGUGCCUUCUUCCGCCACGGGGAUGGCAUGCUCCAUGGCCGCUUGGGCGCGUUGGUGACGACGACGGAGCGGCGCCAUUGGUUUGAGAGCGCGGCGUUGCCGGUGGCGCCGUCGUCGCGGCUGCUCUCGCAGCUGGGGCCGGUGAUCGCACCGGCGCGCCGCGCGGCGGCGACGCCGGAGGAGGAGGCGCUGAUGCAGGAGAACCACCGGCUGCUACGCGGCAACGCGGCGCUGGUGCAGGAGCUGGCGCACAUGCGCAAGCUCUACAGCGACAUCAUCUACUUCGUGCAGAACCACGUGCGUCCCGUGGCGCCCAGCCCGGCCGCGGCGGCCGCGCUGCACGGCCUCGGCGUUCUACGGCCGCCGCCGGCGGGCGGGAAGGCGCCCGCGUCCGAGGUGCGCGGCGCCUCCGGCCGGAGCGCCACGUCCAGUAGCUCGCUCACGGUGGCCGAAGACCAGCCCACGCUGCUGGCUCUGCGGCUGCCGCGGACGACGGAGAAGAUCAUCAACGAGGUGUCCGGCGGCAACGGCGGCGGCAGCACCAAGCUGUUCGGCGUGCACCUGAGCAGCGCCGACGAGCAGACGUCAUCAGGCGCGAGCCGCAAGAGAUCACCGCCGCAAGAGCAGCCUCCUACGUCGCCGGCGCCGAAGCGGACGCUGGUGGUGGAGCACAGCGAGCUGAGAUUGAGCAUCGUGUCGCCACCGUAGCCAUGUGUGCAGUGUGCUUAGUUAGUACUUCACGUAGUAGUAUCUAGCUUGCCUAGUUUAGCUGGUUCAAUUCGUCUGUGUCAAUUUGUUUUCCAGAUUAAUGGCCAUUCUCGUUUUGCUCUGCUAAUGUGAUAUGAUGAACUGUUGAGCUUUAAGAGGAGCAGCAACGAUCUACUCCAAAUAGCUCAUUUAUCACACCAGUACUGUAGUUGAUUUUGCGCGGGAGACAGAAUUAAAUAAAGCAGUUAGUUUCUCUGAUA